AUGUCUUCCUUCCUCUCCGAAUUGAAAGCAACAGCCUCGCGCCUAACCUCCUCUGCUAAGUCCAAAGCAUGUGAGCAAACAAGAAAUGAACGAAAAACCCGUCGUCCAGGUUAUGAUGUUGUGAAAACAUCUUAUACGUCUCUUCCCGUUCUUAUCCCCGAUGAUUUUUUGAAGCCGUUGGAGAAUCCGGAUGAGGUUAUGAGAGUGGUGAAGAUUGAUUUUGAGAAGACGGUGCUGAAGGAGUAUAGGGGGGCUUAUGCGGUUGUGUUAGAUGGGGUGUUGAGUGAAGAUGAGUGUGAGGUCUUGGUGGGGAUGGCGGAGAUGAGUAAGGGGGGCCGGGGGAAUAUGGUUGUUGGGACUGAGGUUGAGAAUGGGGUUAAAGUGGAGGGGGUUAAAGAGCGAGGAAAUGGUGACAAGGGAGAUGAAGAUGGAGAAUCGAAAGAAUCAGCAAAUAAUGGGUGGACUCCUGCAAUGAUAAAUGCAGGUGUAGGUCAUGAAUUCCUAGCGACGGAAUAUAGGAACUCGGAUCGCAUUAUCUGGGAUGAAAAGGAAGUGGUGGGGAGAAUCUGGAAGAGAGUUUUACAGGGAAAGGGUAUUAAGGGGGAUAUUGGAGUGCUCGAGGGAAAGAAAUGGGAGGGACUGUCCAGUUUGGGGAUUAGAAGUGGAGAGAGAUGGGUGGGUACUGAGCAGGGGAUGAAUGAGCGUAUGCGGUUUUUGAGAUAUGGAGCUGGACAAUAUUUUCGAGAACAUACAGACGGCACCUACGAAAGUCCCGACGGUAGCGAACGGUCUUUCUUUACCAUUCAUCUCUAUCUCAAUGAUUCGGCGCAAGAACUCGAGAAAAAUCCCGACACCCCAAGGUUUCCGGAAGAUUCGGAUAUGCUGAGAGGAGGCGCAACGACAUUUCAUUCAAGGGAUAUGAAGGAGAGAUUGGAUGUUGAUCCGAAGGCGGGGAGGGUACUUAUUUUUCAGCAUAAGAGGUUGUUGCAUAGUGGGGAUGAUGUGGUAAGGGGGAUCAAGUAUACGAUGAGGAGUGAUUUGAUGUUUAGGUUUGAGGAUGGCUUGGAGGGAGAGGAUGACGUUAUCUUUGGGUAG